CUGCCUCCCGUUUCAUGAACCACGCGCUCCUGGUGUACAAGCCGCGGAAGAGAGUGCGCAAGAAACCGAGCGAAAAGCUCGAGCCUCUCGUGGCCAAGCGAGUGGCUCGCAAGUGGCAGCGCGACGCCACUGCGUGUUUUGUCGAAACCGAUUUGUACCUUCGAUGGCGAGAUAAGACGCACGAUGACCGCCUUGGCGCGGUGCAAGCGACGUGGGCACUCAUGUAUGGUCAUUCGAGUGACAUAUACCGCGUCCUCAGCCCAGAGCCAUCCACGUCAGCAACCACCUUUCGAAACGACCAGUCUGUCGCCGACAACAACAACAACCAGAGCGUUGAUAAAAGGGCUGUAGAUGCCACAGUACAAUUGCAAGCAACGGACAAUGUGCCUCUGCUUCUAUAUCGCCUCCGACUACGCAAAGUGCCACCUCAACAGAUGACGCCCCUUGUCCAUGAGACCAGCGCCACUACAACGUCACCCCCACCACCAACAACAGCACCAUUCGCCACGUCGAGUCGUGACUCAAACGAGUGUGCUGUGGUAACUCUACGCACGACGGGGUUUACCCGACAUGGCAGCAGGUAUUCCAUCGAGAUGCGGCGCCAACUCGACGCCCACUUGCGUGAAAAGAUGGCUGGAAACCUGUGGCAGAAUGAAGUUCGGUCUGUGCUGGCUCGGCCGCUGGAUGCCACCGUGUUUGUAAAUCGGGUUGAGCAGCUCGACCACAUCGCCACAUCGCAAAGCUUUGCCGGUUUUGAGAGCCGUGUGCCGCAAGUUGCCACUGACAAGGAUGUCCACUGGCGGUAUCCAUACUCGGCGCACGCCCACAAUUGUGCGCGGAUGAUCCGUCGGUGCUACCAAACGUCCUGCGAUCGGCGCAACAUGCAACAAAAGUUGCGGCAGCUCGUUCGCUCCACGCGCUUCGUGCAAGACUUUUUACGAUUUCGAGUGCAUUGCAAGGUCCAACGGCGGCAACGGCGCGCAGUGCAAAGCCUCGUGGCGAGACGACUUCAACGGCCGAUGCGGUCGUACUUGGCAACCAAGCACACGUCGGCGAGGCAAAUACAGAGCCGAUGGCGCCAGGUGCUAGCCAAGCGGACGCUGGCUACCGAGCGACGGAUGCAUCGAGCGGCCACUUCCAUCACCCGCGCGUGCAAGCAGUUUGUGCUAAGCCUGAGACGGCGUCACGUGCUGGCCAGUCGCAUUCAAACGAUAGGCCGUGCGUGGUUGUGGAGACGACGGGGUCGACUGGCCGAAGCGGAACGGAGGGAGGUGGAGUGGCGGGUUAUGAAGGAAGCCUCGAAAGUCGCUAUGGCGGCGAGCGUGCUGUAUUUCAUGACUGCGGAUGGCAAAGCAGAGGUCAAACGCGAACGAAAACGCAUGCGGGAAAAUGUUAAACUUGCUAAAACGCAACAAGGAGUACAAGCUGCCACGUCAUCAUCUCCACCAUCCAAGGACGAUUUAGAAACGUUGGCCAUCCGACACAGCUUUGACACAUUCGACACUGAUGGCUCAGGAAGCAUCGACGUCCAUGAACUGCGGUUAUUGCUGUCAGAACUGGGCAUUCCGAUUUCAGACCGAGAGCUACAAGCUGGCUUUCAAGAAAUGGACACGGACGGGAGCGGGACCAUCGAUUUCGACGAAUUCGCAGCGUGGUGGAAACACGGGUUGACGGCGGGGAAAGCCAAAACUCAAAUGGCGCUGCUGCGACUCAAACUGCGCGGCCGAUCCUUAGUCCACAAGAUCACUGGCGCCGAAGCGCGAGCCCAAGCCGCCAAGCGCAUCGCCAGUCGACGGCGCGUCGACGCCAUGAUUGCCGCGCGGGACGAGUUUCGCAAUGCGCGGCCUCCAGUGAGCUGUUGCCACAUGUGUCACAUGGCAUUUGGGCUAGACCAAGACUGGUUUGUUCACACAAGACACCACUGCGCUGGUCGCGACGAGCUGCACCAACUGCCACCGUCGAAACACUAGACAACAUCCACACGCUACCGCCAACGCAAAGUAGCUACCGUACUACAGAAUAAAGUCAUCACGUCACAUAAUUCGUA